UUAUGUGCGGUACUAUCAAUAAAAGUCGGUUGGCCCUGGCAACGCAUGUGUUGAUGUGAAAGCACAUUGAGAUUUAGUCGAUCGUACGUCGUGGGCUGUGAGUAUUUCAAGAUGAAUCGACAAGUAAUACAAACUUUUGAGCAGUAUCAGAAGGCUCGCACUCAAUUUGUGCAGACAGUGGCAGAGCUCGCCUCACGACCACAAAACAUAGAAACAUUGCAGAAUGCAGGGGUUAUGUCUCUUCUGAGACCUCUGCUGUUAGAUGUUGUGCCAACCAUUCAGCAAACAGCAGCUCUUGCUCUUGGGCGACUAGCAAACUACAAUGAUGAUCUUGCAGAAGCAGUAGUGCAUGGAGAUAUCUUACCACAACUUGUGUACAGUCUUGCAGAACAAAACCGCUUCUAUAAAAAAGCAGCAGCCUUUGUUCUGCGAGCAGUUGCCAAACAUUCACCUCAGCUUGCCCAAUCUGUGGUGGACUGUGGAGCACUGGAUGCUCUGGUAAUCUGUCUAGAAGAAUUUGACCCUGGGGUCAAGGAAUCUGCUGCUUGGGCACUGGGUUACAUCGCUCGGCAUAAUGCGGAGUUGGCCCAGGCAGUGAUUGAUGCUGGUGCUGUGCCCCUGCUGGUGCUUUGUAUCCAGGAGCCAGAGUUGUCCCUGAAACGCAUAGCAGCUUCAGCACUUAGUGAUAUUAGCAAACAUUCACCAGAGCUUGCACAGACAGUGGUGGAUGCUGGAGCUAUUGCACAUCUUGCUCAGAUGAUCCUAAAUCCAGAUGCCAAGCUGAAGAGGCAGGUGUUUUCUGCCCUCAGCCAGAUUGCCAAGCACUCUGUAGACCUUGCUGAGAUGGUUGUAGAAGCUGAGAUUUUCCCAGCUGUGCUAACUUCUCUGAAGGACCCCGAUGAAUAUGUAAAAAAAAAUGUUGCCACACUUAUCAGGGAGAUUGCAAAGCAUACUCCUGAGCUAGCACAGCUGAUAGUGAAUGCUGGGGGCAUUGCUGCAGUGGUGGACUAUGUCGGAGAGUGCAAAGGCAAUGUACGACUUCCUGGAAUCAUGUUGCUGGGUUACGUGGCUGCACAUUCUGAAAACCUUGCCAUGGCUGUCAUUGUCUCUAAGGGUGUAGUGCAGUUGGCCAUUGCACUGUCUGAAGAACAAGAGGAUCACAUCCAGGCUGCUACGGCCUGGGCACUGGGUCAGAUAGGACGCCACACUCCAGAACAUGCUAAAGCCGUGGCUGUGGCCAAUGUUUUGCCAAAGUUGCUUCAGUGUUAUCUUCGUGCUGAUGCUUCAGAAGACCUGCAAACAAAGAGCAAGAAAGCCCUGAAGAAUAUCCUACAGAAAUGCGUCCACUUGCCAGCGCUUGAGCCCCUACUGCACGAUGCUCCACCCAAUAUCCUGAAGCAUGUUGUUGGCCAGUUUAGCAAAGUGCUGCCCCAUGACUCAAAAGCCCGCAGGCUGUUUGUCACCAGUGGAGGGCUGAAGAAGGUCCAGGAGAUUAAAUCAGAACCAGGAUCAGCUCUGGCUGAAUACAUCAAUGGCAUUAACAGCUGUUAUCCAGAGGAAAUUGUCAAGUACUACUCCCCUGGUUACUCAGAAACCCUCCUUGAACGUGUGGAACAGUAUAACCCCAAAGCAUGAGAAACCUGCUUACCUUCAUUCCCUCUCACUUGUUACACUAAAAAAAUGGACAUAUAAUUUAAGGAUGAACUUCUGAGAAAUUCUUUCCUUUUUAAUCUUCUACAAAAAUAACUAAACAAAUUGAAAACAUAACAUAGAGCUCAUGGCCUAGAAAUCAAAAACACCUUUGUACACCUUUCCAUCCUUGUUGUCUGUAGCAACUUGUCAUACUUUUACUAGCGCAAACUGAGCACAAGCAUGGAUAAAAAUCUUUUCUACAAUGCAAAAACAGAAUGCCAGUAUAUGUGCAAAAUAUUUUCUGUUAUGGAUCUUGACAUUCUGAUCUUAUCAGAAAGAAACUGUGUAACAGUCCAAGGCUUUAGUCAGGCACUUUUGUUGUUUUUGAAGAGAUUGAAGCAGAAUGAUUAUUCCCAUUGAACUUCAUCAGUCAACUUCUUUCCUGCACCCUGCCCACUUCUCUCUUUUAAGACAUAGAGGGGGUGAUAGCAUAUAUGUGAUAUUACAAAUAUUAAAAUUUUUUCUUGAUACAUGGAGUUAUACAACAAGCAUGAAUACCUGCAUACAUCAGUCAAGGGCUUUUUUCCAUAAUCAGCCUUUUGCUGAUAUAAAUCACUAAGAUAAAUAACUGUGGUUGAUUACAGAAAAGUGUGUAUAUAUCCCUACGAGUAGAUAUUCAAAAGGAAUUACACUUUUGAAAAUUUUUAACCUGGAUUUUGCUGUGCAUAGAAUUAUAUUUAUAAUGCCAACAAAACAAAGUAUUUCUUUCUGGCAUUUUGUAUUCUUUUUAUGGCACUCUCUUACUAUCUAAUUUACUUUUCAAUAUCAGAUACCAAACCACAAAGAUUGACUUUUAAUAGAUAUGCUUACAAUUAACCUAUGCAGAGUAUGACACAGAUUGCUUUGUGUGUUUUCUUCGUCCCUUUUUGUUUCUGAUCAAAUUUUUAAAUUAUUAUUAUGUUAAGUUUGGCUUAGAUUAAUGUUUAGCUGUGAUUGUAAACUAAUGUGGUUUAUGUAUUACAUUCCACCCAGGAGUUUUUUUUUAAUUUUAAGAGCAAUGCUACCAUCACAAUUGUUGGAUUGGUUGUGACAUUUUGUCCACUUUAAUUAGCAUUGGGCCCUACAUAUUCAUUUAUUACUCAUCACAUUUUCAUCUAGACAAAAAUGGGAUGAGUAAUGCAUGUCUGCUUUUAUCAAACUGACAUCUAAUUGCCUACAGGUUUUUAUUAUUAUAUUUCAUUGUGACAGAUAAAUAAGAAAAUGUAGCACAUUUACAAGCUUUACAAAUUACAGUGAAAGUUUCAUAGUCAUGAAUAAAUAUUUUAUUUUAUUGGA